AUGUCUCCUGAUGGCGCGGUAGUGACGGGCUCGCUCUCUUUCCCAGAUAAAAUCUGUGACCAGAUCAGCGAUGCUGUCCUGGACGCCCACCUCAAGCAAGACCCUGAUGCUAAAGUGGCCUGUGGUGAGUUGAGCUCUAGGGAAGGAGGCUGGAGGCAGCAGGGGGAGAUCACUUCCCGAGCUGCUGUUGACUACCAGAAGGUUGUUCGGGACACCAUCAAGCAUGUUGGUUAUGAUGAUUCUUCCAAAGGCUUUGACUACAAGACUUGCAAUGUGUUGGUGGCCCUGGAGCAGCAGUCCCCGGACAUCGCCCAGGGUGUCCACCUGGACCGCAGUGAGGAAGAUAUUGGGGCUGGAGACCAGGGCCUGAUGUUUGGCUAUGCCACGGACGAGACGGAGGAGUGCAUGCCCCUGACCAUCGUCCUGGCGCACAAACUGAAUGCCAAGCUGGCCGAGCUGCGCCGCAACGGCACCCUGCCCUGGCUGCGGCCCGACUCGAAGACGCAGGUGACGGUGCAGUACAUGCAGGAUCGUGGCGCCGUGAUCCCCAUCCGCGUGCACACGAUCGUCAUCUCGGUGCAGCACGAUGAGGAGGUGUGCUUGGAUGAGAUGAGGGACGCGCUGAAGGAGAAGGUGAUCAAAGCUGUUGUGCCGGCCAAGUACCUGGAUGAUGACACUAUUUACCACCUGCAGCCCAGCGGCCGCUUUGUCAUCGGUGGCCCCCAGGGUGACGCUGGCCUCACAGGCCGGAAGAUCAUUGUGGACACAUAUGGGGGCUGGGGUGCCCAUGGUGGAGGCGCUUUCUCUGGGAAAGACUACACCAAGGUGGACCGUUCUGCUGCUUACGCUGCACGCUGGGUGGCUAAGUCCCUCAUCAAAGCUGGGCUCUGUCGGAGGGUGCUCGUGCAGGUUUCCUAUGCCAUUGGGGUGUCACACCCCUUGUCCAUCUCAAUCUUCCACUACGGCACGUCCCAGAAGAGCGAGCGGGAGCUGCUGGAGAUCGUGAAGAAGAACUUUGACCUCCGCCCUGGGGUCAUUGUCAGGGAUCUGGAUCUGAAGAAGCCCAUUUAUCAGAGGACUGCAGCCUAUGGCCACUUUGGUAGGGACAGUUUCCCCUGGGAAGUUCCCAAAAAGCUAAAGUACUGAAAGUGUUAGGCUUUUUUCCCCACUCCUGUUGGCGUAGGCUACAGAGAAGCUUUCAGGCUCUGGGGGAAAGAGCUCCUCUUCCCUAAGCUCUCCUGUCCUCCUUUCCAGCUCUUACUCACCUGUCUUGUUGCCAUGAUUUCAGUUGUGUGGGGACCACAUGUGGCCUCGUGCCCUUCCCCGUGGUGCUCCCCGGCCCCCCUUGGGGCAGCGGCACGCUCGCACCCGGUGCCCCCCCUGCCCCAAAGGGUGCCUUCCUUCUGCCUGCGUAGGCUCAAGCCCCUUUCCCCGGUGCUGCCAUCGUCCUGGUGACGUGCGCCUGACGUCUGUGGUUCCCUCUGGCAUCUGUCCGCCUUUUUAAUCUUGUGACGUCUGAGCUCUGAGACGGCAAAGCACUCCCAGCCCUGGUUGGCCCCCACCUCUUCUGACAGUCACUUUUCUAUGGGAGCGUUUUUCCUGUCCCGUAGCCCCCCCAGCUCACCCGUGCUGGCUGGCCCUUCGGCUUGCCGUACGCCUCAUCCCGCUCGGACCUCGGUGGUGCUGUUUUUGUUCUUAACUCCCAGCUCUUGAGCGGCACCGGAUUUUAACCUCUCUGCUUCCAGCUCUUUCUCUCUCUCUGUCUCUCUCUCUCGGAGGACGUACGUAAUAAGGGGGGGAGGGUGUGUGUUAAAACCCAACCUACCCCCCUCUGUCCCACCUGUAGCUCAGCACUAGCCCAACGGUGCCCGGCUUGCCGAGCUCCGGCAUCGGCCUGAGCUCUGUGGGCUGUGCGCUUUGGUACCGGAGGAAUUUUUUUUUUGUUUUUCUUUAUAAGAAAGCUGAGAUUAAUCCACAACUGCACAACCCCCCUCCUCCUACCCUUGAGCUUUGUGCUGGCGGGGAGGGGCGAGGACACAGCAGAAAGGCUUUCCCAGCUCUGGGGAAGGGUGGGGGGGGAAAACGGCCCUUCAUACUUGAACGUUUUUUCUAAUGGCUUAUUUAUUGUGUCCUGAGGCGCGGGGUGUGAGUACAGAGAAGCCCCCGGGCUCAGACGGCAGCUCUUAUUUUCCUGAAAGCCCCCCUGCACCUUGAUUCCUGGCCGCCUUUCCCCCACCCCGGGAGGCCGAGGUGUCCUACAGAAAAACCUCGGGUCCCACCUGCCGGGGUGAAAAAUGGGGGGGAUUGGGUUGUAAACGGGCGAGGGGAGAGGGGAGGGCAGAGCUGGGGUUGCCCCGGGCUUGGGACCGUGGCUCAUUUGGCCGGUGUGGUACAGAGAAGCCGGCUUGUUUACGUGCCCGUCCCAGGUCCACUGCCCCAGAAAGUGCCUUGGUGGGGUGAGGGUGGUGGGGGGCUUUCUCUUUCUCUCUCUUUCUCUUUCUCUCUUAAUAUUUUUUUCUGGAGGUUUUAUUACGUAUGUCUUGAUUUCACCAAUUAAUUCAAAAAUCUCAAUAAAAACGCUAGGUUCUACCGUA